UGCAUGGUGGGAUUUCACCACCACAGUGGUUAUUUAGACUGGACUACAUGAAGAAGCCCAGCAGAGUUUAACGGUCGCCUGUGGCUGCGUUCCAAAUGGCACCACUGAAUCACUGUUGCUUGAUCAUUAUCCGGGUACUCGCAGUUUGAGUGGCCUGCUUUGGCUUACUGCUUAGUCACCCUAUUUAGGGCUGUACCGUCCGAAGUGGAACAUUCCCCAGUUCACCCAAACUUGAGUUGUCGAUAAAAAUAAACCAAAAGUGCAAUGGAUCCAAACAAACCGUCGUUUCCGAUUGGACCCCCCGGUGCUGGACGAAUGCCGGGAUUGCAGCUGUCUAGAAGCCGAGGCCUGUUAGCAAACCAACCCUCUCCAGGGCGAGGCAGAAGCCUGGGUGUACCUUCGGAUGAACCAUCUCCAGGCCGAGGACUGGGUAUACCUCCAGAAGUACCCUCUCCAGGGCGAGGCAGAGGACUGGAUGUACCUCCAGACGAACCCUCUCCAGGGCGAGGCAGAGGACUGGAUGUACCUCCAGACGAACCCUCUCCAGGGCGAGGCAGAGGCCUGGGUGUACCUUCGGAAGAACCAUCUCCAGGCCGAGGACUGGGUAUACCUCCAGAAGUACCCUCUCCAGGGCGAGGCAGAGGACUGGAUGUACCUCCAGAAGUACCCUCUCCAGGGCGAGGCAGAGGACUGGAUGUACCUCCAGACGAACCCUCUCCAGGGCGAGGCAGAGGCCUGGGUGUACCUUCGGAUGAACCAUCUCCAGGCCGAGGACUGGGUAUACCUCCAGAAGUACCCUCUCCAGGGCGAGGCAGAGGACUGGAUGUACCUCCAGACGAACCCUCUCCAGGGCGAGGCAGAGGACUGGAUGUACCUCCAGACGAACCCUCUCCAGGGCGAGGCAGAGGCCUGGGUGUACCUUCGGAAGAACCAUCUCCAGGCCGAGGACUGGGUAUACCUCCAGAAGUACCCUCUCCAGGGCGAGGCAGAGGACUGGAUGUACCUCCAGACGAACCCUCUCCAGGGCGAGGCAGAGGACUGGAUGUACCUCCAGACGAACCCUCUCCAGGGCGAGGCAGAGGCCUGGGUGUACCUUCGGAUGAACCAUCUCCAGGCCGAGGACUGGGUAUACCUCCGGAAGAACCCUCUCCAGGGCGAGGCAGAGGACUGGGUCCACCUCCGGAAGAACCCUCUCCAGGGCGAGGCAGGGGACUGGGUGCACCUCUGAAUGAACCCUCUUUAGGGCGUGGCAGGGGACUGGAUGUACCUCCAGACGAACCCUCUCCAGGGCGAGGCAGAGGGCUGGAUGUACCUCCGGACGAACCUUCUCCAGGGCGAGGCAGAGGUCUGGGUGUACCUCCAGACGAACCCUCUUCAGGCCGAGGACUGGAUGUACCUCCGGACGAACCCUCCUCAGGUCGAGGCAGGGGACUUGGUGUACCUUCGGACGAACCCCAAUUAGGGCGAGCUCGAAGUCCGGCUAAGUUUGUAGACGAGCCCACUGUAGGGCGAGCCAGAGGGCGGCUUACAAUUCCAGAUGAACCCUCGCUCGGGUCUGCCAGGGGUGUGCCUGUAUCUCCUGUUGAACCCAUGGUUGGGAGAGGAAGGGCUCCUGGUAUUGCCCCCACAACGCCACCUUGUUCUUUUGCCCGGGGAGCCCCCGUUUUAGGUGCCGACACCCCUCUCAGCAUUGCGUGUGGAUUGCCGUUAGCAUCGCAGGAUCCGGUGGUUGGCAGAGCCAGGGGGAUGAUCCUGAGCCCUCAGGAAUCUGUGGUGGGAGGAGGACGAGGUGCUGGUUUGUUAGUGAAACCUGCAGCUGUGGAGGUACUGGAGACCACGCCCAGUCUGCAGGAGGGUCAACAAGCUCCUCACAAAAUUCAGGUCGAUGCUCCAAGUCCUGGAUCGUCCUUGGUGUCCAUGUUCAGAGGAAUGGGCAUCGAACCGACUACGAUGGGGGGCAGAAGAUUCCCACCUGCAGACGUUCAGUCCCGUUUGGCUUCUGUUAAACCGUCAGCUGUCGGAGCGGGAGAUUCUCCUCACAGCAGCAGUUUUGCAGGAAGGGGCUUGGUCGGAGUCAGAAGAGCGCCCUUGGCUCCGCUGGGGGUGGGUAGAGGUUCUGGUGCCCCGUUUACACCCCUGAUCCCUAAAGAUGCCCCGCUGACUUCGGCGAGCGUCGCACCUGAAGCUGUGCUGAAGAUGGAAGCGGUCAGUGAGCCGUUGAAGAAAAUCGGAACUAAAGGGGAACCGGUCGCCAUCGGCUCCAACUACAUCCCCAUCCAGUGCAAGAACGAAGCCGUGUUCCAGUAUCACGUCACCUUCACGCCCAACGUGGAGGCUCUCAGCAUGAGGUUCGGGAUGAUGAAGGAGCAUCGCUCCACCACAGGAGAGGUGGUGGCCUUCGACGGGUCCAUCCUGUACCUGCCCAAACGCCUAGAGGAGGUCGUUCAUUUGAAAGCAGAGAGAAAAACAGAUAAUCAGGAAAUCGAUAUUAAAAUCCAGAUGACGAAGAUCCUGCCUCCCAACUCGGAUCUGUGUAUCCCGUUCUACAACGUCGUCCUGCGCAGAGUGAUGAAGAUUUUGGGGCUAAAGCUGAUAGGCAGGAAUCAUUACGAUCCCAGAAGUGCUGUCGUUCUUGGCAAACACAGGCUGCAGGUGUGGCCGGGUUACACCACCUGUAUCAAACGUACUGAUGGAGGUUUGUAUCUGGGCGUGGACGUUUCACACAAGGUGCUGCGCAACGAUUCGGUCCUCGACGUCAUGACCGUGAUCUACCAGCAGAGUCGGGAGAGUUUCCAGGACGAGUGCACCAAGGAGUUGAUCGGCUCCAUCGUCAUCACCCGCUACAACAACCGGACCUACCGCGUGGACGAUAUAGAGUGGUCCAAAUCGCCCAAAGACUCCUUCACCAUGGCCGACGGCUCCCAGACCACCUUCGUCGAUUACUACAGGAAGAACUACGGUAUCACCAUAAAGGAACUGGAUCAGCCUUUAUUAAUCCAUCGGCCCAAGGAACGGUCCAAACCAGGAGGAAAGGUGAUUACAGGUGAGCUCCUCCUGUUACCUGAACUCUCCUUCAUGACUGGAAUCCCGGAGAAAAUGAGGAAAGACUUCAGAGCCAUGAAGGAUCUGACGAUGCACAUUAAUGUGAGUGCGGAGCAGCACACACACUCCAUAAAACAGCUGAUACACAGCAUCAGCACCAACGAGGAGGCGAAGAGCGAACUGUCCCGCUGGGGGCUGGAGAUCAGUGACGAAAUACUGGUGACGCAGGGACGGACUCUGCCCGUGGAAACGAUCUGUCUGCAGUCGGCCUCCUUCUCCACGUCGCCGGCUGUUGAUUGGUCCAGAGAGGUGGUGAGGGACUCGUCCAUCAGCUGCAUCCCCCUGUACUGCUGGGUGGUUUUCUACCCUCGGAGGGCCGCGGACCAGGCCGAGGAGCUGGUGUCCACGUUCGGCAAAGUGGCCGGACCGAUGGGGAUCAGACUGGACCGACCGAUCCGCGUGGAGCUCCGCGACGACCGAACCGAAACCUACAUCAAAACCCUUCACUCCCAGUUAACCAGCGAGCCCAACGUGCAGAUGGUGGUUUGUAUUUUGACGGGGAACAGAGAUGACCUGUACAGCGCCAUUAAGAAGCUCUGCUGCGUCCAAAGUCCGUGUCCAUCGCAGGUCAUCAACGUUCGCACCAUCUCACAACAACAGAAGCUUCGUAGCAUCGCGCAGAAAAUCCUCCUACAGAUCAACUGCAAGCUGGGAGGAGAGCUCUGGACCGUCAACGUCCCUCUGAAACACCUGAUGGUGAUCGGCGUGGACGUUCAUCAUGACACCAGCAAGAGGAGCAGAUCUGUGAUGGGAUUUGUGGCCAGUCUGAACAGUCUGCUGACCCGGUGGUACUCCAGAGUCACGUUCCAGAUGCCCAACGAGGAGAUGAUUAACGGUUUUCGAGUGUGUCUCCUAGCUGCUCUGCAGAAAUACUACGAGGUGAACCACAGCUUCCCAGAGAAGAUCGUGAUCUACCGCGACGGCGUCUCGGACAGCCAGCUGAAGACGGUGGAGCUGUACGAGAUCCCGCAGAUCCUCAAGUGCUUCGAAACCUUUCCCAACUACGAGCCCAAACUGGCCUUCAUCGUGGUGCAGAAGAGGAUCAACACCACGCUGUACUCGUACGGAGGGCAGGGGUUCGGAACACCACCUCCGGGAACCGUGCUCGACCACACCGUCACAAACAAAGACUGGGUGGAUUUCUACCUCAUGGCUCACUCGAUUCGUCAGGGCUGUGGUAUCCCAACCCACUACGUGUCCAUAUACAACACGGCAAACCUCACGCCCGAUCACAUCCAGAGGUUGACCUUCAAGAUGUGCCAUUUGUACUGGAACUGGCCGGGGACGAUCCGUGUCCCGGCGCCGUGCAAAUACGCCCACAAACUGGCCUUUCUGUCAGGCCAGUACCUCCACGCCGAACCCGCCAUCCAGCUCUGCGACAAACUCUACUUCCUGUGAGAAUCUGAGAGAAAGAGAAGAACGCUGAGCGUGAUGUUUACUUCAGAUACGAGGACGUUCGUUCUCCUCUCGUGUCAGGAGCCGCUCAGACGUGGACGUUUUUUAUUUUCCUUUGCAUUUGUUGAUUCGGUUUUUAAGCCUUAAAGGAGCGACGGGGUUUUGUUUUAUGUUCAUCUACAGGUUUAUAAGAUUGAGAAUGUUUCUGUUGUAUUUUUUUAUAAGUUUUAUAAGUGACAUUAUAAUGUUUGAACUGUCUACAAAAAAGUUGUGUUAAGUUAUUGAUCUGUUUGUUGUUGUUGUUCAAUAAAACAACUCUGCAUUCCAAA